GCAGAUCCAUCCGGUCCGCUAUCGAUGACCGAUCGUUUCUGAAUUCAAAUCAACAUUUUACUUGAAAAAAUGAACAUUUUAUCUUUUAUCUUGGUAGUGCUACUGUCGCAAGUGCUCUCUAAUCCCAUACCAAAAGAAAGCAAAAAUAGUAAAGAUAAAGUGCUCUAUGACCAAAGACAAGAGGGCGAAUGGAAUAUUAGGGCUGAUUUAAAUAAUUUAGUGAUUUUGGUCGUACCAAAGACGUCAGAACUACAAGAAACUGCUGGACCUACUUUGUUGGAUUUCCUUAUCAGAUCCCACUCAAAACACCAAUCCAAACAUGUUAAGAAUGCCGCAAAAAGCAACGAUGAAGCUAUUAACUUUCUCGAGUCUAAAACAGCUCCUUAUCACGUAGACAUCACUAAAUCCAGCAGUCAUUUGAUGAACGAUGAAAUUUUAGCUACUCAAACACCCUUGCUGGCAUUAAAAAAAAAUAAUGAAGAAAAAUCCGACAAGGAAACUCCGUCUUUACGCAAACUCAGAUCCACCAAAGCUUUUGUUCUCACAGUUCCAGAAGAAGACUUUGUGCUCACUAAAAUGGAAGACGAUAAAAAAGUAGUGAAAAAGGAUGGCAUUAAAAAGAAACUAAAUAACAUAAAGGAGGGUGAAUUAAUGCUUAUUGGAGCUACCGAACAGUGUGGUCCAGACAUGUUUAGAGAUUCUAAAGGAGUGUGCCAAUUAAAGAAAUCUAUUGAUAUUAAAGAAGAUAGAGACGAGUGAUAUUUUUAUUUAAUACUAUUGUGAAGUUAUUUAUUAUUCUAUUUAUAAGUUUCAAUAAAAAAAAAACAAAAUAAGUAGGUACAGUUUUCAUUGUAUAUUUAUGAUUUUUAAUUAUAAUCAUUACUGAGUUGCCAUUAUUUGUCUGUAUUUUAUUUGAUCAUUGUGCAUUUGUAAAAACACUUUGUACUUUUUGUUAUGAUAUUCGAUAGUUUUUGCAUCUGGAAAAACGGCGUUGCCUUUUCCACCCAUUGAUUUUAUAGCAUCUUCCAGAGAGUCAAAAUGAUUGGCUGCUACAGCACCUAAAAUAUAAACUCAUCAGUUUUUGAUCUGAUUGAAUUUUCAAGUAUUAUUCGGGUACAUUCUUACCUAAAAUAGCAGAUCCUAGUAAGACACUUUCAAUUUCUUCAGGGCAUAUAACUGGCAAAUUGCAAACAUUAGCCUGAGCAGCUGUAAAAAUUGGAUUUUUGCUCAAACCACCGCAAAUUAGCGUGGAUUUUAUAUUGUAACCAGAAUCAUUGAGUUUUUCUAUAAUUUGCCGAGUACCAUACUAAAAUGGUUUUAAAAAACUACUAAAUCAUAAAUUCGUUUUUGUUUUUAACUUACUGAAAGUGC